AUGGUGGUCAUCUCGGGCUGUGUCAGACCACCUCGCCCACUUCCGGUACAAACCCCGCUCACUUCCUUUUUUCUUCUGAGGCGACUUCCGCUCCCGCGUCCCGCCGCCGCCGCCGUGCUCCUGCAGUGCUACGAGAACGAGCGUGGGGAGCGCGUUUACACCCUGCGGAAGGUGGCCCCGGACGGGACCCCCACAUGCUCGGCUCAUCCCGCCCGUUUGUCCCCCGAUGAUAAAUUCUCCCGGCACCGCGUGGCCCUGAAGCGGCGAUUUGGGGUUCUGCUCACUCAGCGGAGCCGGCCCCUGCUCUGAGCGACCCCAAAAAUCCGCCCCGGACCCCCGAGAUAUGCCUGAGAUCCUCGGAAUGAUCCCUGCAAUGAGAGACCCGCAAAUACCCCCAGAGACCCCCAGAAGAGGAAGAAGGAGGCGAUAUUAAAAUGUGGAUGGACUGGAAUAAGGUGAAAGGAAGAUUUUUAGAAGGAGGAAAAAUUAAAUAUUGAAGAAUUGGGUGGUCGCGAGUCUCUGA